GUUGCUAUGCUGCCGUUCGGGGAGCCGAGGAGGGAAGACCCAGGCCGCCCCAGGUGGGGCCUCGUGGACCGUGUCUAGCGGGCUCCGGGCCUGCCUGCGAGCGAGAAGGGAACGAUGGAUACUACAAUGCUGAAUUUGCGGAACAUGUUUGAGCAGAUUGUACGCCGGGUGGAGCUUCUCAGUGAAGAAAAUUAUCUCCAAUUUAUCCAGUUGGCAAAGGACUGUGAGGAUAUCCGUAAAAAGUGGCAGAGAACAGACCAUGAACUGGGGAAAUACAAGGAUCUUUUGAUGAAAGCAGAGACUGAACGCAGUGCUCUGGAUGUUAAGCUGAAGCAUGCACGCAAUCAGGUGGAUGUGGAGAUCAAACGGAGACAGCGAGCUGAGGCUAACUGCGAAAAGCUGGAAAGACAGAUUCAGCUGAUUCGAGAAAUGCUCAUGUGUGACACAUCUGGUAGCAUUCAACUAAGUGAGGAGCAAAAAUCCGCUCUGGCUUUUCUCAACAGAGGCCAACCAUCCAGCAAUGCGGGGAACAAAAGAUUAUCAACGAUUGAUGAAUCUGGUUCCAUUUUAUCAGAUAUAAGCUUUGACAAGACUGACGAAUCGCUGGAAUGGGAUUCUUCCUUGGUAAAAACAUUUAAACUGAAGAAGAGAGAAAAGAGGCGCUCUAAUAGCCGGCAGUUCAUUGAUGGUCCCUCUGGACCUAUAAAGAAAACUCGCACCACAGUAGACCAGGGUAACGACUCUAUAGUAGCCAAAACUACAGUGACUGUUCCCAAUGAUGGUGGACCCAUUGAAGCUGUGUCUACCAUUGAGACUGUGCCAUAUUGGAGCAGAAGCCAAAGAAAAGCAGGUACUUUACAACCUUGGAAUAGUGACUCCACCUUGAGCAAUAGACCACUGGAAUCAAAGACUGAGACAGAUGCUUCUGGCACGCCUCAGAGCAGUGGAGGGAUGCGCCUGCAUUACUUUGUCUCUAAGACGGUUAUUAAGCCUGAAUCUUGUGUACCUUGUGGAAAGCGGAUAAAAUUUGGAAAGUUGUCUCUCAAGUGUCGAGACUGCCGUGUGGUCUCUCAUCCAGAAUGUCGGGAUCGGUGUCCCCUUCCCUGCAUUCCCACACUGAUGGGAACACCUGUCAAGAUUGGAGAGGGAAUGCUGGCAGAUUAUGUGUCCCAGACUUCUCCAAUGAUCCCCUCCAUUAUCGUCCAUUGCGUAAAUGAGAUUGAGCAGAGAGGGCUGACUGAGACAGGACUGUAUCGAAUCUCAGGCUGUGACCGGACAGUAAAAGAGCUGAAAGAGAAAUUCCUCAGAGUGAAAACUGUACCACUUCUCAGCAAGGUGGAUGAUAUCCAUGCCAUUUGCAGCCUUUUGAAAGACUUCCUUCGAAACCUUAAAGAACCCCUUCUGACCUUUCGGCUCAACAAGAACUUUAUGGAAGCAGCAGAAAUCACCGAUGAGGACAAUAGCAUAGCUGCCAUGUACCAGGCUGUUGGUGAAUUGCCCCGAGCCAACAGAGAGACAUUAGCUUUCCUUAUGAUUCACUUGCAGAGAGUGGCUCAGAGCCCAGACACGAAAAUGGAUGUGACCAAUCUGGCCAAAGUCUUUGGCCCUACAAUAGUUGCUCAUGCUGUACCCAAUCCAGAUCCAGUGGUAAUGCUACAAGACAUCAAGCGUCAACCGAAGGUGGUAGAGCGCCUGCUCUCACUACCCCUGGAAUAUUGGAGUCAGUUUAUGAUGGUGGAACAUGAGAACAUUGAUCCCAUGCAUGUCAUUGAAAACUCAAAUGCUUUUUCAACACCACAGACACCAGUGAGUUUACUGGGGCCAUUGACCACUCCUGAACAUCAGCUCCUCAAGACUCCUUCGUCCAGCUCCCUCACACAGAGAGUGCGCUCCACCCUCACCAGGAACACUCCCAGAUUUGGGAGCAAAAGCAAGUCUGCUACAAAUCUAAGAGGACACGGCAGCUUUUUUGAUUCUCCAACGCUCAAGUGA